AUGAAGACAUUAAUGGACAGUCACUGGUGGGAUGGCCCUGCUUGGCUAUUAUCUGACCAAGAACUGUGGCCUCAGUCUAAUCACAUCGCAGUAGAUGAGAACGCUGUUUCCAUAGAAGCAAAGAAGGAGGUACUUGUAAAUACUAAUGUAGAUACUGAACAUUUUAGCGAGAAGCUUUUAUACUUUUCUAAGUAUUCAAGAAUUGUACGUGUAGUAGCUUGGAUAUUCCGAUGGAGAAGGCGACGAAUGUUUAGUAUAGCUUAUAUAAGCAAUGAUGAAUUCGAAGAAGCUGAGAAUAUACUUAUAAAACUUAUUCAGGGUGAACAUUAUGUAAAUAGAACUAAAUUGAAUAAGAAACUGUGCAUACAUUUAGAUAGGAAAAAUGUCAUUGUGAGGCGACUCGUUGAAGAGAAACAUAUAUACUUAAAGCACAUUGGAUCACAUACUUUAAUGUCAGAGCUGAGAAACAGAUUCUGGAUUACAAGUGUGAGAUGGCUAUGUAAGGAUAUAGUUAAGAAAUGCAUAAUUUGUCGUAGGCAAAAGGGCUUACAUUAUGAUACACCGGAGACACCACUCCCUCUUGAACGGAUUCAAGGCACGGCAGCGUUUCAAAUGACAGGUAUAGAUCUGGCCGGGCCGUUGUAUUUACGUAAUCAAGAGAAAUGUUGGGUGGUUUUAUUUACUUGCGCGACAUUUAGGGCUGUGCAUUUUGAGAUGGUAGACUCAUUGUCCACAAAUAGUUUUAUUAUGAGUCUUCGUAGAUUUAUUGCUCGAAGAGGUCGUAUAGACGUCAUUUUCACGGACAACGGAACAAAUUUUCGAGGGACUGCCAAUUUACUGAAGGAUAUUAAUUGGCAGGAGGUUGAAAGUGUGACGGCAGUCCAUGCUAUAAAGUGGCGUUUUAUUCCACCUAGAACUCCUUGGUGGGGAGGUUGGUGGGAGAGGCUCAUUAGAGUAUUAAAGGAGAUGUUGCGAAGAAUAUUGGGGCGUCAGCGACUGACUUGGGUAGAGUUGGACACAGUCUUGUGCGAUUGUGAAGCUGUCAUUAAUAGUCGGCCACUAACAUAUGUCUCGACUUGUACCGACGAUUUGCGGCCACUUACACCUAUGUUAUUUCUACAUGGCUUACCUUCUAAUGAUACUUCUGAUUUAGAUUAUGUAGAUAAUAUGAAUUUAAAUGUAAGAUACAAAUAUUUACAAAAGUUGAGGGAAGAUUUCAGAGUUCGAUUUCGUAAGGAGUAUUUGGCUUUACUUACAGCUAGAUGGAAGGAGAAGACAAUAGAAAUGAAGAAAGGAGAUAUAGUUCUAGUAGAGACAGACGCGAAAAGGCUAUUUUGGCCCUUGGGGUUAAUCAUGGAAGUAGUUACCGGGGCUGAUGGUGUUACUCGUUUGGCUAGAGUCAAGACUCAAAAAGGUGAAACUUUAAGACCAUGUCAGAGAUUGUAUCCGCUUGAGAUUUCAAAUGAUUCUGACCUCUUGCAACGAGCUGAAGUAACGAUAGAGGAUGAGAAGUUAUCAGUAAGUUCAGAUAGUCCCGACUUACCCUCCUCGGUUACAGGUGGCGCGAAGGUGACGAAAACAACGCGGUGCGGUCGAAAUGUGAAAUUGCCUGCUCGGUACUUAUGA